GACGUAGAGGAAGGAGACGCCAUUAGACAGGGUGAAAGAGAGAGAGCGAGCGCCUGAUUGUCAGAUACUGAGGCGCUGUUAUUGACAUAAGCCCCCUUGUUAUUCACCGGGAUUUCAUCCCCCGUGGGUUUCUGUCCGCAGCUGUUCUUUUUGCCACUUAAAUGUCUGAUGUGACGCGCAGGCUGGGGUUGUGCUGAGUUACUUUUAUUCCUGAUUAAGGAAGAAUUUCACGAUGGCGGCUGGUGGAGCUGGAGUCGGUAAUAAAACCUACUCUUUCAAGGUGGUCUUGCUGGGAGAAGGCUGUGUGGGGAAGACGUCGUUAGUUCUGCGGUACUGCGAGAACAAAUUCAACGACAAACACAUUACGACGCUGCAGGCAUCCUUCUUAACAAAGAAAUUAAACAUUGGAGGGAAAAGAGUUAACCUUGCAAUAUGGGACACUGCAGGCCAAGAAAGGUUCCAUGCCUUGGGUCCAAUUUAUUACAGAGACUCCAAUGGAGCUAUUUUAGUGUAUGAUAUCACAGAUGAGGAUUCUUUUCAAAAGGUGAAGAACUGGGUAAAGGAAUUAAGAAAAAUGUUGGGGAAUGAAAUCUGUUUAUGUAUAGUAGGUAACAAAAUAGACCUUGAAAAAGAAAGACAUGUAUCGGUUCAAGACGCAGAAGGGUAUGCGGAGUCAGUUGGGGCAAAACACUAUCAUACGUCAGCGAAACUAAACAAAGGAAUUGAAGAAUUAUUUCUUGACCUUUGUAAAAGAAUGAUUGAAACUGCGCAGGCAGAUGAGCGGGCGAAGGGGAAUGGCUCCAGCCAGUCAGGAACGGGGCGGCGGGGGGUACAGAUUGUGGACGAUGAACCCCCAAACGCAGCUGCAGCUGGGGGGGGGUGCUGCUCUUCUGGCUGAUUUUCGGGACUGUGGCCCUUUCUACCACCUCAUUUACCUGAAGACUGCCAUAUUCCUAGUCGCACGUUCAUUCGCCCCCCUGGAGUAAUACAAUUAACAGUAUUUUCACGUAAUCACAUUUAUAACACUGAAGAGACUUAUAAAAGUAGUGGAAUGAACUGACUGGAAAUUGGCAUUUUACUCUGCUUCAGUUGAUUAACGAGCAAUUACCAGUGGCCUCCCCCUAUUGCCCCAGACCCCCCUCACCUUCAUCAUUUUUAUUCUUGACAUGGAUAAUGGCGCAUGUAGAAUUAAAUUCUGUAAAAGCUGAAUUUGUUUUACUUUUAAAUCAGAUCUUUAUUAUUUAAUAACUUAUGUGUUCUUUGGAAAUCUAUACCCGUUGCAGCCCUUUGUGUUCUUGUGGUAAAUUGUGGCAGUUCUAAAGUAUCAGCUUUUUUCAUUUACAUUUAUCAGAUAAUCCACAUACUAUUUUUGCAGGUUUUUGCACUGGCCCAUCACUAUCAAUGCUUUGUUAUACUGUAUUUCACCUUGUUUGCUGAGUUGGUAUAUAUAAAAAAAAAUACAUUGUACAAUACUUAUUAAAUAUUUUAUCUGCUUUUACAAGCUUUGGGAAGAAUACGCAGGUGUAGAAAAGUGUACAUUAGUCAUGUUAAUGAUUGUAAAAUGAAAAUAACAAUUGUCGGUGAAAGCACACUUUUUUUGAAUUGUAAUUUUUUUAACUGCUAGUACCAUACAUGUUUUGUAAUGGAACAAUUAUAAUAAUUUACAAUGCAUAGGUGUGAAAAGCAUUUUCAUUAUUUUUUCAGUAUUUCUAUAUUGGCGUACUUCCAUUCAGAUUCAUACCAGUUGCACAUGGAAAUUAGUAGUUGUGUCUACUUCUGUGAAGCAGUUUGGUUUACUCAUUAAUACCAUGCGUAUGGUUACAAAUGAGCGGAGGCCAUUUGGCUUACCUAGCUUGCUAGGUUACAGUUACGAGUACUUAGUGAUCUAAGGAUCUCGUUCAGCCACUUUUUGAAAGAAGCCAGGGUAUUAGUUUCAGCAACAUACCAUUGUAUACUCCCACAACACUCUGUUCCUAAAAGUGCCAAGUGUCCGUGGUUUUAAAUUAGUCUACUUCUACUUUCAGUAGUUGCUACUUCCGUCCUUUGAUUCGUGAUUCAGUGUUGAUUCUGAAGAAGUCCGUCACGUCACGUUGCUUGUCCUGUGUUGCCCUUGAAGAAUUUGAUUUCUUAAGCCUUUUUGUAAGGUGGUGACAACAAGUGCAUGCAAAAAUUCUAAAUGUGCAACUGUACAAUUUUAACAUCUCUUGAUUUCUGUUUCUGCGCUUUAGCUAUAGGUCUACAUUUGUUGCUUUUUUUAUUGCUUUACCCAAGUCUCUAGAAGAUGUAAAUGAAGCUUUACAGAGAACACCUACAUUUUUAUCUUGAGUUGCUUCAAGCUUAGUGUUUUCUAUACAUUCAUAAUGUGUACUACAUUAUGAGUCAACAUCUUUUCAAUUCAAUAUUACAUUUAGUAUGUGUAAUACAGCACGUGGUGCAUGUUCAAACAGCUGCACUAGAUACAGUAGUACUGAUAUUUAGUAUAGGUAAGAAAGAGGACCAGAGGAAACAUACUGUAUGGAUUCUCUAUGAUGACCGUUUUUAUCUGUGAUGACCUGGAAGUGUAGACAUUUGUAGAAUAUUUGCAUUAAGCUGUUAACUUACCCACCCAGAGGCAUGUGUUCCCCAUGUUCAUGUGAACCAGAUUUUCCACUUCCACAGUGCACAGUGGAACAUUCCAACAUUUAUUGUUUGAAUAAGCCUGAUAACUUUAUAAACACCUAAUGCCUUUACCCCACCAGGUAGUGUAUUACUUGUCAUGUCCCUUAGGCUUUUUGUUAAAAGCUGCCUGGAACUGCGUCAGUGAAGAGCAGCCUGUUCAAAGAAUGUUUUUCAUGAACGGAUAGAUUGGAGCUUGAGCACCCAUCCGUACAUUUUGGAAUAGCUUUAUCGAAUUCAGGAUCGUGGGGGAGCCAGAGCCCAUCUUGGCAAGCAACAGGAGAACAGCAGCUUGGACCUUGGACAGGAUAACAGUCCAUCACCAGCCACGCACACUCACACUAUGGCCAAUAAACAUACCAAUAUGUGUUUUAGACUGCGAGAGGAAAAUGGAGCAUCUAGAGGAAACUUUCGUGCAGAUGGGGAAGACAUUUAACAUCCAUGAAAACGGCACCUGGAAUUGAACAAAGGGCCCUAAUACUGUGAGGCAGCUGCCUGGAGCUUGAAAAGUAAAGUUUGAAUAAUGCGAACAUUAAGAAAAAGGGAUCAACUACCCUUUAUAAAAAAAAAAAAAUUGAUGUCUUCUGCAAUUUUUAAAUUUCUUUUAAGGUUGAAGGGUCACUUGUGUGCACACUGAAUUAUGAAUUUUAAUAUUUACAUUUGGAAUUGGAAGAAAGGUAGCCUGAAAUAAAGGAUAUAAAUUGUCUGCAGAAUAAUGUUCUGAGGCGUAUAAUAAUAUGAGACAUUCCGGCUCACUAAUGAAUUUGGGGGUAACUUUCACAUCCUUUAUGUAAUUAUGUAUCUUCCUUCUGGUUCACUCCUGGCAACUUAGAGAAUGGAGAGAUGUGCUCCCAAUCAACAACCUUAUAAACUCUUACAGUCCUCUUCUAGUUUUUUCACACACUGUCAUUCACUUGAGGAUUUGUUCUAGAAAGGUUGUUGCCAGGUCUGCAGUGUGCUUUUUGAGGGUACCCCAGAUAUUUCCAGAGAUGUUGAGUUAAGGCAAGAUCACAGGCCACUGUGCCCUGCUCAUCUUGGGAAAUUUUGGGAUUUAAUUUUCUCAGAUUGAGCUAUAUUGUAAUGCAUAUACCCCUAAGUAUGAUAAAUGAGAGGAAUUAAGGACACAAUAUUCUAUCGUUCUACUUUGCCAGCUGUUCUGGACCAAGCUUUUCACUGGCCUUGGAUGCUCGUGACAGCAUUCAAUUCCCUGUGUGUCUUGUGUGUCCCCAGGGAAUUGCAUUUUUUUUUCCUUAUUCUGUUGAGUCAGGUCAUGAGUGAUGGCAGUGUCAGCUGCUGCUUAUGGUUGAAUAAUAAGGUAAUGCUGCCUUAAUUGAAAAAAUGUUUUUUGGCAUGUUAAUCCCUGAUGUUUCUUCCUGAAACAAGUGUUUCACGAAAUUAAAGUUUUGUGUUUUGCGUUUU